AUGGUCUGGUGCGCUAUUGCUGCGAACUGUACAUUGCUGUAUGUAUCUGAUGACGCCGACAAUGAAGAGAUCCACGGCAAUUCAAUCCGCCGCAACGACUUAUGGAAGUGCAACGACGAGUACCCGAACACUUGCGCUGAGGAGAUCGAUGCUGAUAUAUCAGGUAUUGGGGUCAUUCUGGCAUUCACGAUAUCUGCGAUUAUCGUCUUCGUGGUUGUAUUUGGCGGCUACGUGGUGCGACAGCUCGGGUCAGAAAGCUUCAACAGAAUCGAUUAUGGAGUUUUGUCACUGCUGCACCGGCGAAGGAUCAGGAAAGACACGCCGAAGCCGAAAGACUGGUCUGAGCUGUACUUCAAAUCUGUUCUUAUGCUGAGCGACCAACAACUCGUGACUGGAAUCGCCAUUCUGAUUGCCGCAUUCGCGCAGAUAUGUACUAUCAGUACCUACCACUUCCAGAUAUGCACCUUCCUGGCUUGGGUUGCGGGAAAUACACAUCUUGUGGCUCUCACCUCCCUCAGGCCUUUCCUGCGCGCGCGUCCGAGUAUGAUGAGAUGGCGACUGGUUGGAAUGUUCGUCAUGUUCGGUAUGCUCUUCGCAUCUCUUGUUCUCAAUGCUUCGGUCAGGUGGCCAUCAUCUUACAACGAAUACCAGCUUUACUACGACAGCCCAGCUCGCUGCGCCUGGGUGCCGGAAGCAUAUCACACCUGGGAGGACAGCAUCAUUUUCUCUAUUUGCCUGUUGUCAUUCAACUAUCUGACCAGAAUGCUACGCCUGUUUGAUACAUCCGCCGCCUUGACCAAGACAUACCUGCUGGAUAUGCCGCUAAAGAUAAGCAUCCGAACGCUGGACAAGUUAUGGCGCAAGGCACACGCCCCAGAGAUACAGCACUACAUCUGGAGACUUCUGUACAGCCUCUUCUGGGGCAUAUGUCUGGUCUGCUAUGCUACAAUGGAGCUCUACUACUCGUAUCUGGCGGAGGUAUUCUGGCUGUUCGCCACAUUGUUCUGGGGAUUGUGCAAACUCUUCAUUGUCAGACGAGACUCGCCGCUGACCGGCUACGAGAACACAUGGACGUUUGGUCAGGUUGUAGGCAUGGUACUCCUGAUUCUGCCCAUCAUGGCCGCCACGGAGAUCUAUGCCGACGUCCAAAUUCACCAACGAGAGGCUGCUCGACAUGGUGGCCACAUAGAGUACGCGGCUCAUGGGAACGAUGUGAUCCCUGACAAGCAAAAAUCGAGACCUGUCUUUCAGGACCAGAGCACGGAGAAAGUCCAUCACCAGGAGACGAGUGACUCGAGUUCACACGAGCGAGUCUUCCUCCCAAAGAGAGCGGCCACCGACAUCACCGACUACUCUAUUACUUCCCAAGGUCCACGAUCGAUGCCAUUCAGGUAUGCAAACACGUUGCCGCCGUCACCAACGAGCUUGUCCAUGAAAACCGCCUCCAUCGCCUUCACCAACUCCAUACCCACCGAUAGCGCCUCCACGACCGUCCCAAUAGACAGCCAGGAGGAUCCACUACCAUUCGUCAACGCGAUUCCAAGCACCCCUGCCACUCUGACUGACCCAAUUCCGAUUCCACAAGCGCCUCACUCGACAACGCCCUACACAUCUCCAUUCUUCAUCCUCCUCCUCAUUCUCCUGGCGGCGCUCCCCCUUGUACCCUUCAUAAUAUUCAUCGAGCUCGUCUUCGCUCUCUCGAACCAAUUCACCGCCCUGGCGCUGGUUAGUGCUGUUAUGAUCUGGGGCAUUGCGCUUGCUGGGGCAGUUUCCGGGUGGAUACUACUCGGCAUCAUUGGAGGCAGCGGACUCUGGGGCGUCAAUCGUGAACGGAGGGGACCGGCUGGACUAGUUGUGAGGCUUGGGGGAUGGCUCAAGGCGAAGGUCGGUGGCGGACCAAGCAGGUCUGGCAAGAGGUCGAAGAAGCAAAGACAACGUGCUAAUAAUGGUGCGACCGAUGAGGUGGAGAUGAUGAUGCAAGGGACUGAUGGGCAGGGCAAAUCGCAGGACGUUGAGACUGCGCGAUCAGAAGAGCACGAGCAGCAUAGGCGCGCAGGGCUUGGGAAAAGCUGGUGGCAGCAAGAAGCCGGGAAGAGGAAGAAGCAGUGGCGCGAGGAUGCCGACGCAGCGACGGCAAGAGGAAGGGUGGCGAACACCAUCCCCAGCCUGUCAUCAAUUUACAGUGGUGUACCAGAGCGAUUAGCCAAAGAGGCCGUAGAUGCACGAGACCGUUUGCGGUCCCAGAAGACUGUCCCAGAUUUCGUUCCACGCAAAACCUGGUCGCUUCCGCCCGGUGUUGACCAGCAGGCUUUUGAUACAGCUCUCGCAGAGCUCAAGCAAGCACUCGGCAGUGAGCAUGUCGAGCUGAAUGAGGGCCCGCUGCUCGAUGGCUGGUAUAUGCAACAUCCUAACACACACGAUGCUUACCAUGUUGUCGACCAAGAGGAAAUGACAUGUUCGGCCAUUGUGUAUCCCAGCACGACCGAGGAGGUCCAGCAGAUUGUGAGAUGGGCAAACAAGCACACGAUCCCAGUCUACCCCAUCAGCAUGGGCAGGAAUUUGGGCUACGGCGGUAGUGCUCCGCGAGUCCCUGGCUCAGUUGUCAUCGAUCUCGGUCGACGCAUGGACAAAAUCCUCAACAUCGAUGCAGAGAAUGCUUCGUGCAUGGUCGAGCCUGGCGUGUCAUAUUUCCGGUUGUAUGAAGAGAUUCAAGCGCGAAAGCUUCCACUGUGGAUCGAUUGUCCAGAUCUUGGUGGCGGCAGCGUGUUGGGAAAUGCCAUCGAUCGUGGUGUUGGAUAUACUCGUAAGCUUGCCACCGUAUCUUACCGCUUGCAGAUUGCGCUCCGAUCGAGCACUAUUACACUGCGUAUGGAGACCAUUUCGCAAACCAUUGCGGGAUGGAGAUCGUCCUUCCUGAUGGGUCGGUAA